AUGAACCGUUUAUCCCAACAAGCGUUGGGCGAUGCUGCCGCGUCUUUCCUGGAAGCUGGGGUUACCGAUGUACGAGACAUGGACAGUCUCAGUGAAGUACUGCUGCUAGUGCGAAAUCGUGCGCGUGAUGCUGGGGCAAGUGGAAAUCUCUCUGCACAACGCGUAGGACUGGGUCGAGCGAUCCAGCCGUUGAUUCAGUGGCUUCUUCAUGAACAAGAUGUGAUUGCAUUACCCAUGCAAGCGAAAUGUGACCUCACCUGGAAUCUGUACACAGCAGCAGUUAGUAGGACAGCCGCGGCUGACUCAUUUCCCCUCAUGACGUCUUCAGAGGAAAGUUGGAAUGAUCUAGUAGCGCAUGAGUUUGCACACUUACUUUCUGAUGUCAUGGUCCCGAAUGAAAACAACAAAAAUGGCUUGAUCAUGCAUUUGCAUUGGUGGAUUCUCCUGGCUGGUCUUUUUCUUUGCUGCACUGAUCAGUGGGUGCUAUCUGGGCGCUGGCGGUUUUACAUCCUUUCUUUGGGGGUUUUCCUGCUGGUCUUGGGUCUAUACCUACUGUAUCGUCGAUGCAUGGUUUCUCUUACGAGAACGAAUCGGUUUGCAGUCAGCGCCCCAAGGUGCUUAUCGCGUAGAAGCAAUUUCUAUUCCCAGGAAUCAACCACUAUUUCUGGUAAUCAAUUUCAGCAACAAGCCGAUACAGGCUCCUUGGGUUUGGAAACAAUGCCAGCUGGAACUCCACCUCUGCCAGGUAUGAGUGCUGGCGCAGCUGCGCCGACCACAGGCGCAUGGCAGCUGGGCGAUGCGGUCGAGCUGACUGGUGCAGGUCCAACUGGGCCCCUUCAAGGUCAGGCAGGUGCGAUUACUGCAAUAGUGGGUGACCGUUUGGAGGUGCAACUAGUGUCAGGGUUGAAGAUUGGGCCAAUUGCUGCUGAGGGAGUGAAACGUCCUUGUCAUUCACACACACCAGCACAAGCACACGCCAGCGCCGUAGCACCGCAUGUAGCACAGCCAGAGAAUGUGUAUGCCCCAUUUUCUUUGGGGGCGGGUCAGAGCAGAGUGCAGCUCCAAGCGUCUAGGUUGCGCACAGCCUUGGAGAAAUCAUAUGGUUUGGCAAGCACAGUCCCCACUUGGGGUCAGCUGUUUUGGCAAGCAGUCAAGAAUGAGAUGGAUUUGUAUGGUCUUGAAGAUGAUGUGAAAGUGCUUUUAGAAAGCCACGGCUACAUAGGGUCUGCCACUCUGAGCCCGCCGAGGGUGGAAGAACUGAAGAAACAGUUAGCAACGCUGGAAACAGUAGGUGGCCCUAUGCAUGGCUCGGGCGGUUCCCUUUUGCGAGUUGCUGCAGGUGAUCAGGUUGCAAAUCCAGAGCAGAUGGCAUGGCACUUAAAAUUGCCUGCAGACUUGCAGCGAGCUGGCCCGGAGAUCUACAGGAACAUCAGGUCAGAAGGGGUGUCGUCAGUCAGACAGUGGAUCAAUGAACAACACCCCGGCCUGGAACAAAAGGCAUCACCGCAAUAUCAGGACCUAUACGUUGCAGCGACCGUCAUUGAUUUUGAGCUAGCCAACUGCACCACUGAGGGCAUGCUGAUGCACAAACUUGCCACUUCAGACACCUUGGAGAUUCAGUUGCGCAAGCUUGGAGCUUUCAUCUAUUUGCGGCGCACCAAGGACAAGACGGGCGCCAACCGCAUUCUUGGUGUACGAGCUCCUGGCACCAACUCAGACAUAGCUCCGAAAUGGUUGCUGGAUGAUGCCAACUUGCACUCCAAGGUUGAAUACCAGAGACAAGAGCGUGGAGCCAAAGCCAGCAAGUUUGAUGCCGGCAAUGGAAAGGGAGAUCUCAGAAACAGAAAGGGUGGCCGUGGAUCUGGUGGCGGAAAGGGCUCCGGCGGUGGCCCUGACGGCGGGGAGUCGGGCUUCCCACUACCGGCUCCAGAACGCCUGCUGCAUGAGUGGGAACUGCCACCGUCUGGCGCCUCGUUGCCGUCGGUGGAUGAAUUUGCGCAGGCCAAACACCUUUGGCCUUUACUUCCACUGCCUUUGCCAGAGACUGUUGUUUGGAAGCGCCUCAAAUCUUGCAGAUUGCGGGAGCGCCAAAAGAAACGGCUUCAAGUUCACCGCCUUUUGUGUGGUUUGGUGCGUGAGAUCAACACUCUGAGCACUGGCCAUGUUGGCCAUCUGACUUCACCUGAAGCUGCUGCCGGAUGUCGGAUGAAGGUUACAGCUGCUAGGUCACUUGCUCUUCAAUCUCUGCGUGUGCGUGCGGUUGAUGCAGCGAGGGCACGCCGGGGUCUUGGCCUGACAGGCGUCCGUGAAGCAACAGCUGCCCUUUUGAAGUCUCCCAUCGGAGCAGACGGGUAUGUCCGGUCCCAGGGUGUCAGACAAGUCCCUUUGCAGGCCGACAAAAUUGUGGAACCAGUGGAUGAUAGACAAAUUGACAUGUUAGCCGCGCUGCCUCAUGAUGAUGCGAUCUACUAUUCUGCAGAGGAACAUGUAGUUUGCCGUGAAGGAAAGAGUGAAGCCAUCUUCCGUGAAACUGAGGAGCAUUAUGGGUUUGUUGGAGGAAGCUUAGAAGAGUACCUCAAGUAUCUUGCACGCGAAGACGUGCAGCACCUCUGGGAAUGGGAUUUGCUGGAAAAUGUUCGUGCAAUUGCAGGGGUGUCCACCGUGCCCAAGAAAGACCAGGUACAUCAACGUAAACUGAUAAUGCAGGUGGCUUCCAACUACAUGUUCGAAGAUGUCACAAACCGUGCUCACUUAGGAAUGGGGGGUGGUUCUUCUUUGUCAAGAUGUUUUGUGGAAGGCAACCAUAUGCAGGUAGCGGCAUGCGAUGAGGACUCUGCCUUCACGUAUGUGCGAAUUCCCCAAUGGAUGACUUACUGGCAGGCCGGGCCACCGGUCAAAGCUGCAUUAGCUUGGCCGCUGCUGCCUCCGGACUUGCGGAAUAAGAUCCUUGAUCCUGACUGCACCUUUGUGUCACCACGGUAUCUACGUUUGGCAAUGGGCGGCUCGCAUUCUGUCUACAUUCUCAUGCGUAUAAACAUGCACCACAUAGGUUCCACACUAUUCAACUAUGCUUCACGGAUCCAUCUGGCCAGCAAUGACCAUGACGUUUCCGACCAAGAUGCUAGAUUGGAACCGCUGGCCACAGCAGAGGGCGAAGACCCAAGCAGUGACAUGGUACACUGGAUUGACGAUGAUGCUUGGGUGGAGCGACAACAACAACGACGGUUUGGGAUUAAGGGCAUGUCUGUCUACACCGUGGAUGAAUGGUGUGACAUAGUACGACGGUCGAAACAGUUUGACUGCAGAACUUUUGUUGUCAUCCACAUGUUUGCUGGAGAGAGAAGAAGCGGAGACAUCCAGGAGCACCUGGAAAAUAUGAUGGAACACGCUGAUCUCAAAUUGCUCAUGCUUUCAGUUGAUUUGGCUGUGGACCCAAAUUGGGACUUCCGCAUUCCUGCAACAUUCCACAAACUACUUCAACUUGCAGAAGAAGGCCUCAUUGAUUUGUGGCUUGGGCGACCGCCCUGCAGCACAGUGGCGAGAGCACGGCAUGUUAGACUUCCGGGCAGUUCUCGUCCAUUGCGUUUUCGGUGGGCUUUGUGGGGCCGUCCUGACCUAAGGUGCCAUGAGCGUGAGCGGCUUGAAGAGGCCAAUGAGCUUUGGCUCAAUUUCUGGGCUAUUGCUGAUGCAGUCUGCGGUAGAGGCGGGGGCUACCUUAUGGAGCACCCUUCAGAUCCUGGUGUUUCGCCGUAUCCCUCCAUUUGGAUUUUGCCUGAGGUGAUUGAGCUUGAGAAGCGGGCCAAUGCCACCAGGGUACAUUUUCAUCAGUGUGCUUUCGGUGGCGUAUCACCAAAGCCAACUACACUGUCAGGUAACCUUAUAGGAAUGGAUGUGAUUGACGGAGUUUGGUGCCCUGGGUUGAGUGUUGUGCAUAUCCACGGGCAGACAAUUGGGCGAGCACCUGGUGAUUCCUCUUGCAUUCGUAGGCUACAGGCAUACCCAACAAGUCUUUCUUUCGCAGUGGCUCAAAUGCUGUUUAACACCAUCCUUAAGAUGUCAGCAAAGCACACAGGACCAACUGGAGCUUUGAGCUCUCACAACAGUUUCCCGGCUCCAAGGGUCACAGCAUGGUCGAGCUGGAAGAAUUCAGUCCGGCCAGGAGUGGUCCUGCUCAACGAAGCCACGUCCAAAGGGCAGAGUCUUGUAGUGAGGCAUGGGCAAGCAGCGACCUAUGUCCAUGUGGAUGACACAGUGUUUGUGAGCAGAGAUGGCGAUCAUUCCUGCCAUUGUGACCGGCUCAUGUCAGAGACGGUUGCAGGCCUUGAGGCGGUCGGCUUCAAGGUCUCACAGCAGAACAAGUCUGGCGAAGUGGAGAAGGUGGUCGGCUAUGAGGUAGUCAACAAGCCAGCUGAGUUCAGGCUGCCUUUGCGCAAGAUGGCGCUCCUGCAGAUCGCUAUGAUGGGACUUGCUAGCCAGAAGUUCGUGUCAAUAGACGUGCUGAGAUCCUUGGUAGGCAUGUGGAUUUUUGGUAGUUUAUUGCGGCGAGAGCUGCUGAGCAUUCCUCAUAGUGUUUUCAAGUUUAUGGAAGAACACGAUGGCAUGGUUGUGGCGUGGUGGCAGUCGGCCAGAGACGAAGUGCGCGCCAUGGCAAGAGUUACCAGCUUGAUGGUUUGCCAGGUAGGAAGUCCUUUGCUGCCGUGGCUGUUUGCAACGGAUGCCAUGGGAGCCAAUCAUGUUGAUCACGGUGGUUUUGGAAUUGUGGUCACAGAGCUUGACCAAUCCGAGCUAGAAACAGUUCUCAAAUUGGGGGAAGCUCCCGGAAAGUCGAUAGCAAGACUGGAUGGCGGCGGGGGCGUCAAAUACCCUGACAAGCCGCUGGUGCCCACAGUUCCUUUCACAAUGCUCCCAGACAGCAUCCUGGACCAGACCAGGUGGAAACCCGUUGCUCAUGGCAGAUGGAAAUAUGGUGACCACAUCACCAUUGGUGAAUCCAGAACUGUUCUCAAACUGGUGCAGCGUCUGGCAGGGUGGCCAGCACUUCACAACCAUGCAGUGUUCUCCUUGCAGGAUAACCGGCCAACAGCAGGGGCGAUGUCUAAAGGCAGGUCCCCAUCCUUCUCACUGAACAGGGUGCUUCGCCAGAAAGCGGCUUGGUGUCUGGCGGCCCAAAUACGCUUGUUCCUUCCUUGGACGGAAUCUGCCAAACAACCUGCAGAUGAACUUUCCCGCUUGCAAUGA